ACAGAGGUGGUAGCUGGAAGGGAUAGGACUUCCGGCGCGAGGCGCAGUCGUCGCGUUAGCCCGGCCCGAUGGCGGCCCCGCUCCUUCACACGCGGUUGCCUGGGGAUGCGGUCGCUGCGGCCUCUGCGGUCACCACGCUGGGCGCUUCGAGGACUGGAAUUUCAGAUAUGCUUGCAUUAGAGAAUGAUUUCUUCAAUUCUCCCCCAAGAAAAACUGUUCGGUUUGGUGGAACUGUGGCAGAAGUCUUGCUAAAGUACAAAAAGGGUGAAAAAAAUGACUUUGAGUUGUUGAAGAACCAGCUGUCAGAUCCACAUAUAAAGGAUGAUCAGAUCAUUAACUGGCUGCUAGAAUUUCGCUCUUGUAUCAUGUACUUGACAAAAGAUUUUGAACAGCUUAUCAAUAUUCUAUUGAGAUUGCCUUGGUUGAAUAGAAGUCAAACAGUGGUGGAGGAAUAUUUGGCUUUUCUUGGGAAUCUUGUAUCAGCACAGACUGUCUUCCUUAGACCAUGUCUCAGCAUGAUUGCUUCCCAUUUUGUACCUCCCCGAGUGAUCAUUAAGGAAGGCAACAUAGACGUUUCAGAUUCUGAUGAUGAAGAUGAUAAUCUUCCUGCAAAUUUUGAUACAUGUCACAGAGCCUUGCAAAUAAUAGCAAGAUAUGUCCCAUCGACACCGUGGUUUCUCAUGCCAAUACUGGUGGAAAAAUUUCCAUUUGUUCGAAAAUCAGAGAGAACAUUGGAAUGUUACGUUCACAACUUACUAAGAAUUAGUGUAUAUUUUCCAACCUUGAGGCAUGAAAUUCUGGAGCUUGUUAUUGAAAAGCUACUCAAGUUAGAUGUAAAUGCAUCCCGGCAGGACAUUGAAGAUGCUGAGGAAACAGCAGCUCAGACUUGUGGAGGGACAGAUUCUACAGAAGGAUUGUUUAAUAUGGAUGAAGAUGAAGAAACUGAACAUGAAACAAAGACUGAUCCCGAACGACUCGAUCAGAUGGUACAUCCUGUUGCUGAACGCCUGGACAUCAUGCUCUCUUUGCUUUUGUCCUACAUUAAGGAUGUCUGCUAUGUAGAUGGUAAGGUUGAUAAUAACAAAACAAAGGAUUUAUAUCGUGAUCUGAUAACCAUCUUUGACAAACUCCUGUUGCCCACCCACGCCUCCUGCCAUGUACAGUUUUUCAUGUUUUACCUCUGUAGCUUCAAAUUGGGAUUUGCGGAAGCAUUUUUGGAACACCUCUGGAAAAAACUGCAAGAUCCAAAUAAUCCUGCCAUCAUCAGGCAAACUGCUGGAAAUUAUAUUGGAAGCUUUCUGGCAAGAGCUAAAUUUAUUCCUCUUAUUACUGUAAAAUCAUGCCUAGAUCUUUUGGUUAAUUGGCUGCACAUAUACCUUAAUAACCAGGAUUCGGGGACAAAGGCUUUUUGUGAUGUUGCUCUCCACGGACCAUUUUAUUCAGCCUGCCAAGCUGUGUUCUACACUUUUGUCUUUAGACACCAGCAGCUUUUAAGUGGAAACUUGAAGGAAGGUUUGAGGUAUCUUCAAAGUCUAAAUUUUGAACGUAUAGUGAUGAGUCAGCUAAAUCCUCUGAAGAUUUGCCUGCCCACAGUGGUUAACUUUUUUGCUACCAUCACAAAUAAAUACCAGCUAGUCUUCUGCUACACUAUCAUUGAGAGGAACAAUCGCCAGAUGCUGCCAGUUAUUAGAAAUACGGCUGGAGGGGACUUGGUACAAACCUGCACAAACCCACUUGACACCUUCUUCCCCUUUGAUCCUUGUGUGCUUAAGAGGUCAAAAAAAUUCAUUGAUCCUAUAUAUCAGAUAUGGGAAGGGAUGAAUGCAGAAGAGCUUCAGGAGUUUAAGAAACCCAUUAAAAAGGAGAUGGUAGAAGAUGAAGAUGAUGAUUUUUUGAAGGGUGAAGUGCCCCAGAAUGAUACUGUGAUUGGGAUUACACCGAGCUCCUUUGACGUACAUUUCCGAAGUCCUUCAAGCAGUGUGGGCUCCCCACCCGUGUUAUACAUGCCAGACCAGUCCCCUCGGAUCUCAAGGAUUUGCGAUUGAGAUGCAACACUCUUCCCCAUUACGCCCUUCAGUACCCAGGCUCACGCUGUUUGGGCAUGGCAUUGAACUAGAAUGAGUACAUGCCGCAAGCAGUGUACUUUCAAGUUAGACUUACUUAAUCUAGUGUCUGAACAGUUUGAACCUUUUUAUUGUUUUUUUCUUUUUUGCUCCCCUUACAGACAAAAAGAAAAGACUGAAUAUCAUGUGCAAUAUUUUAUAGUGGGGUUGAUGAUAAAUGUCAAGGACUUUGCUAGUUUAAUUGUACAUUUUUGUGUUAAUGGCUUUUUGACAUAAUUAUUAUGUAAUUUCUAAUAUUGGCAACAGCCUGUUUUAACAGAUUGUUUUUUUAACAUAAGUUUUUGUCAGAGCCAUAGUCACAGGACAUUGUUGAUCUGAUUUCAGUGAAAAUCUUCUUGGAUAAACCCUUAAAGACUUUUUAUUUUUUUUGGCGGCUGGCAGGUAUAGGGACCCGAACCCUUGAUCUUGGUGUUACAAUAAUGCGUCUAACCAACUGAGCUACCCAGCUAGCCCUACUUAAAGAGUUUAACUAGAAUGUGUUUAUUUUGCAUACACUGUUUACUUUCUGCUGUUAUUGUACUUGUGCAUUGGGGUCUCAGUGGGGUGCAGAGAAGACAAAGUGGGAGGGUGGCCAGAGCUGGGCUGGGACACAGAGUUGGAGCUGGCUCUGAAGGAGACCUCCAGGGACGUCAGAGACCAAUAAAAGCCAGGAGGGAAGAGAUAGAGGAUUUAGGGAAACAGAAUCAGACAAGUAAUAUACUUGUUCAGUGUAAAAAUGGAUUUAAAAGAAAAAUGGAAUCCAGGUAAAUGUAAUCCACUUUGACUAAAAGUGGGCUUGGACUUGUAUGAAACACAUGACACUGUUUUACCCAUUGGCUCUCAAGGAUCUUCUUAAAACUGAAACUGCUCAUUUGCAGGAGUUACAUUGAGUUAUUUUUGACCAGCAUCAGUUGGUCAUUAUGGGAAUUUAUUUGUCCAAACAGUAAAAAGAUAUUUAGGUUAUUUGGUGCAAUGGUUUUGCUAGCAACAAUAGGCUGAAGUUACUGCUGCAGGCCCUGUCUAAUGGCUGUGCAUAUCAUGGAUUCAGCUGGGUGAAAUUCUUCUCCAGCAAGCCUCUUUUUGUAUUUUUGUAACUAAACACAGAGGAGAGUCUAAGACAAACUUGCUUUGUAUCAAAUUUUGGUGGAGUUAUUUUGAAGCUCAAGCAUAUUUUCCCUUUGUUCCUUAUAUGUGUACUUUUUUGUUUGUGAAAAUGUCCAUCUUUAAGCAUAUUUAUUUUUCUUCUGCUUUUCCUGUUCUUUAUUUAAAGGUGAGCAGUAUUUUCUUGAUCACAAAUACUUCGUAAUGAAAUACUUCCUCUUUCCUAGGGCUUUGUAUGCUCUUGUAUUAUUACAUUGAUGGCGAUGUUGAGUUUAAAUUUCAGUCUGUAAAUAACUUUUUGGAAAAUAGAAAUUUUUAUUGCUCUAAAAGUUUUGGAUAUUGGUGGUUUUCUUUGGGUGACUUGCUGGAAAGUCAUUUGAACCUUAAGAUUCUCUGUUUUUUAAACUGCUGACAAAAACGUGGAAAUUUUGUAUACUGGAUGAAAUGAGUAAAUGAAAAUCUAUCCACAGAAGUUAACAGUAGUGGGGUCUUUGUGGGUUGGGAAGUAGAUUUAAUGUAGAAGGAUAUAUUUAUAAAUAAGUAUUUUUUUAAAAAAUUGAUUUUGAAAAUUAAUGACAUGGUUAAUCUGGAACUUUCAUUUUUAUGCCAGUAAAGGGAGGUACCCCAAUAAAAAGACUUCUCACAUAAA